GUGAACGCUUUUCUUAAUGCAGUGAGUUUGCAGCUGUGGUGACGGUCAGAGUUUCAGCAGCUGUGAAUAAAAACAUGUUGCUGGGUGAUGAUGGUUGGUUCAUCAUGAAGGUCCUGCUGCUGCUCGUGCUCCUCACAGUGUUAGGAUGUGAAAGCAUCAGAGUUGUUGGUCAAACAGGUCAGAAUGUGACUCUGAACUGUAGAUAUGAUAUCAUUAAGAUAGGAGCGACAUAUGCUUGCUGGAAUAAAGGAGACGUUUCUCUGAUGAUCCUGAACCUCACUGAGGAAGAUUCUGGAGUUUAUGGAUGCAGAGUGGUGAUACCUGGGUGGUUCAGUGAUCAGAAACAUCACUUUGUGUUGUGUGUUGAAAAAGCUCCAGAUCUGACCACAUCACCUCAAUCAGACACAAAGAUGCUCACAGAGAGACAAGAUGUUGCCAAGACUACAGCAGAUCUCAUGACCACAGACAACCUCCUGACUUAUCACAGCACCAACAGCAUCAGAGCUAAGGACGUAGGCAGCAUGCUGUCGGAGUCACAGGCGUGUGUUCUGUUCUUCGUAGUGGCUCUGGUCACUGCAGCCGGAUUCUUCAUUUAUGGACCUGAGCCUUUUCCAGUCAUUGAGUCGACCAUGACCACCGCUGUUUAUCAACAUGUUCUAGAGUCUAAUGUGAAACCAUUUGGCCAUCAGAUGAAAACAGCUACUGAGAUCUUCUUUCUGGCAAAGCAACAAGAUUGAGGCAACUUAAAGUAGCAUGAGGUGACAAAGUAUGUAUGUGCAGCGCUGAUGAGGCA